AUGGCAAACCAAGGCUACGACGUCGUCGUGGACGUUGAUGCGGAGGGCGACCUCGGCCACACGGAUCUUCAGGAAGAUCUCGAAUUUCACCCAUCGAACUUCGAAAAUGACCCUCGCAGCGCCAAAAUUCAAGCCGAUUCGCAACCAUUCCUAGGCAGCCACGGACCUGGCGACGGCGGAUCAUCGCGUGGUGGUGGUGGUCAGGCAGGGAAUGGAAAGCGUUAUUUAUGGUCAAUCCAGUACUACAGUCAAUUCUUCGACGUCGAUACAAACGAAGUGCUUCGGCGCUGCGCUGCUGCUGUAUACCCACGUUCCAAUUUCCUCGACGUUCUAGAUGGUAACCCGGAUCUGUACGGACCGUUCUGGAUUGCGACUACGGUGGUCAUUAUUCUCUUCUUGACGGGGACCAUUUCGCAGUAUCUAGGACACGAACACGACGAACAUUUCGAAUAUGACUUUCGUUUACUUUCGGGUGCCGCAGGUUUGAUUUAUGGAUAUACCGGGGUGCUGCCUAUCGCGCUUUGGGGUGCGUUACGUUGGUUUGGUAGUUCUAGCGCCGACCUCAUUGAGUGCUGGGCCCUUUAUGGAUAUGCAAAUCUUUUAUGGAUCGCCGUCGCUUUAGCAAGCUGGAGUCCCUUGACAGCCUUGAAUUGGGCUCUGGUCGGUGUUGGAUUUGCCUGGACCGUUAUCUUCCUCCUGCGCAAUCUAUACCCGGUGUUGAACGCAACAGACGCUAAAACUAGCAAGAUCUUACUCAUUCUAGUCGUUGUCUUACAUGCCGGUUUGGCUAUUGCCAUCAAAAUCCUGUUCUUUGCUCACGGAAGCCCCGUUUCGAAGAAAAACGACCAUGAUGAUGACGACGACAAGGAUGACAAGGAUGAUGACAAGAGGCGUUCUCUUUUCUGA